AUGACCGCCGCCGUCGCCGUGUCCGCGCCUGAUCCCUUCUCCUUCCACCCCUCCAUCGCGCCUUUGUCGCCACCUCCGGCGGACGCCGAGGGCAGCGACUUCGAGUUCCGCAUCCCCGCGGCAGCGGCCGCGCUCUCCGCCGCCGACGAGCUCUUCUCCGGCGGGAAGCUCGUGCCGCUGCUCCCGCCACCUCCUGCGCCGCUUCCCUCCCUUUCCUGCUCCCCUCCGCCGUGCCAGGAGGAGGAGCCCCUCCCGGAGCCCGCCUCCCCUCGCGCCCCGCGCUGCGCCGGGCGGCGGUGGCGCGAUCUCCUCCUCCUCGUCACCAAGAAGCCCAAACCCGCCGGCGAGGGUGCGUGCCGCACGGAAGCCUCUCUGGGACGCCGGCCGCUCCUCUCCCGCGACUCCUCCUCGUCCUCCUCGGCCUCCUCCUGCGACUCCGGCGGCAGGACGGCGCGCCGGCCGCCCGCGCCGUCGCGGUCCCCGCUGCGCACGCGCUCCGCUCCAGUGGCCAGCCUCCUCCACCUCAUCUCCAACAAGCACCCCGCCGACUGCAGGAACGGCGCGCCGCCCAGGCGGCAGCCGCUCCUGACCCGCGUCUCCUCCUCGUCCUCGGCCUCGUCCUCGGACUCCGGCCGGACCUCCCGCGCGCCGUGGCAUCCGCGCGCCCCCGCCCGGCAUCGGCCCGCGGUGGCCGCCGAGAGCCCCCGCGUCAGCGCGUCCGGCCGCGUCGUGUUCCGGGGCCUCGAGCGGUGCUCCAGCACGCCCGCGGGGGCGGGCAUCGGCGGCGGGGCGCGGCGGCCGCGGCCCAGGGGCAUGGAGCGGUCCUACUCGACCAAUGUGCGCGUGGAUCCGGUGAUCAACGUGUUCGGGUUCGGGCACCUCUUCUUCCCGUCCUCGCCGGCCAAGGAGAAGAAGACGGACGUCGCCGCCGCGGGACGGAGGAACAGGCCGGAGAAGCUGGGGAUGGUGCUCAGAGAUCCGCAGGAUUAGGUGGUGGCCGUGCUGGAAAAUAAUGCAUCAGAUUCUUCUUGUCGCCGAUCAUUCUUGAUGUUUUGUGCAAAAUUUUCUUUUCUUUUUCAGUUGCUGUAAUAUACACCACGCCGGUUGUUAGAACUAGA